AUGCUCAACGACCUUGACUCCCAGAAUGGAAAGAAUAGACAGCAAGAUGUUUCAGGGCAAGGCUCUGGAGAUGAUGGCCAACCUGAGACGUCAAUUCUUCAUGUCGACCUCCCAAAAGUAAUGGAAUACUACUUUGGACUUGUUGAACUAACGCUUCCUGCUGAGGGUAAAGCUGCGGUAAAGGAGCCACGGCUAGACUCUCAGUCUUAUUACAGCUUCAGGCCUAAAAGAGCUAGUACUACCCUGGAGAAGGCCAAUCUUGACUGA